GGCUGGCCUCAGAGAUCUUGUAGCCUUGAAGUGCUGGGAUUAAAGGCAUGCACCACUAUGGCAGCUGAAAUGUCUGCCUUUUAUGAAUCCUCUGUGUCUGUGUAGCGAUGAGGUCCGUACAGGGUGGAAUUCCAUUUCUGAGGAACCAGUGAGUGAAUAGCUCUCAAUUUCCACAGAGCCCAUGUGGCAGACAACUCUAACAACACAACUGAAGUUCUCACAACACUGAAAUGUCACAGUGUGCUCUCUUCCAUUGCAUCACAUUGCUUCAUUAGUUCCCAUGUCUGUGUGUACUUUUUACUAUUUCAUUUCAGGGACUCUCCAAUUUGGUUGGUAUGGUUCAGUUGUCUUGACAACGUAGUAUUCUCGCUAGCCUCUAUCAGUGUACAAGAUUCUCAGUCCCUUGGGGAUCAGUCUUUUUACCUUACUUUUGCCCUUACUGGCAAAGGGCUUGCUUAACUAUAUAACAUGUCUUGGUGGUAUUUAUUGUAAAAUGUGUCUGGUAAAACCUUUAUUUUCCUUGUCUUUCCACGUCCUUCUUCACCCUUUGCCAUCCUUCCUGUUCCACAGCGCCUAUGAGGUGAUUAAACUCAAAGGAUAUACAUCCUGGGCCAUUGGCCUCUCCGUGGCUGACCUGGCUGAGAGCAUGAUGAAGAAUCUUAGGCAGGUGCAUCCUAUUUCUACCAUGAUUAAGGGUCUCUAUGGAAUCAAGGAUGAUGUCUUCCUCAGUGUCCCUUGUGUCCUGGGACAAAAUGGAAUCUCAGAUGUUGUGAAGGUGACUCUGACUUCUGAAGAGGAGGCCCGCUUGAAGAAGAGUGCAGAUACGCUCUGGGGCAUCCAGAAAGAGCUGCAGUUCUAAAGUCCUCAGAUGUCCUAGAGCUUCACUGUCCAGGAUGCAGCAGGGUUUCUAUGGAGACCACACACCAUCUCCUCAUCUGAGCUGUGUUUAGUGUUGUUGUGUUAAGGUGGCAGUUCCCACAGCUCUACCCUGCUGCUAAGUGGUACUUGUGUAGUGGUAACCUGGUGGUGUGGCAGUCCCACUGUCGUCCCACUGUCUCUGAGACACACUGCCAAUUGUGUGCAGGCUUCAGUUAUCUCGGGCCUGCUGUGUCUGCUGUGCACCCUCACCAACAUGCCUAGGCCAGUGAGUUCCCAGUUAGUCAUAACGUGGCUCCAGUGGGUAAAUCCAUCCUGCAUAUUUGUGCAUAACUGUUCUAAAGGAUAUUAUUUUGUGUAUUAUGUGUCUGUGGUGUACACUGAAAUACUACGUAAAAAGUAAGAUGUGCAUAUGAAUGAUGCAACCAACUACCCAAGUGUCAUGCCAAUGAAAACACCAAAUAAACCUUGAA